GGGGGCUCCGCUCGCCCGCCCGCACGCCGCACGCCGCCCAGGACCGCGUCGCCGGCCUCUGCCGCCAGCAGACCCCUUCCGACGGCCUUCGUCGCGCAGGCCUGGACGCCUCUCCCCCCUCCGCCCCCGCCGCGGAAAGUUAAGUUUGAAGAGGGGGGCAGAGGGAAACAUGGAGAGAAGGAUCCACCUGGAGCUGAGGAACCGAACCCCUGCGGCUGUUCGAGAACUUGUCCUGGACAACUGCAAAUCAAAUGAUGGAAAAAUUGAGGGUUUAACAGCCGAAUUUGUGAACUUAGAGUUCCUCAGUUUAAUAAAUGUAGGCUUGAUUUCAGUUUCAAAUCUCCCCAAACUACCGAAAUUGAAAAAGCUUGAGCUCAGUGACAAUAGAAUCUGUGGAGGCCUGGACAUGUUAGCAGAAAAACUUCCAAAUCUCACACAUCUAAACUUAAGUGGAAAUAAACUGAAAGAUAUCAGCACCUUGGAACCUUUGAAAAAAUUGGAAUGUCUGAAAAGCCUGGAUCUGUUUAACUGUGAGGUUACCAACUUGAAUGAUUACCGAGAGAGUGUCUUCAAGCUUCUGCCCCAGCUAACCUACCUGGAUGGCUAUGACCGAGAGGACCGGGAAGCCCCUGACUCAGAUGCUGAGGUGGACGGUGUGGACGAAGAAGAGGAGGAUGAAGAAGGAGAAGAUGAGGAGGACGAGGAGGAUGAGGAUGGUGAGGAGGAUUUUGAUGAAGAAGAUGAGGAAGAUGAAGACGAGGAUGUAGAAGGGGAAGAAGAUGAAGACGAAGUCAGUGGGGAGGAAGAAGAAUUUGGCCCUGAUGGAGAAGUUGAUGAUGAUGAAGAAGAUGAGGAUGAGGAUGAAGAUGAAGAGGAAGAAGAAAGUGGGAAAGGUGAAAAGAGGAAGAGAGAAACAGAUGAUGAAGGAGAAGAUGAUUAAGACCCCAAUUAACCUGCAAAAAAAACUGUUGAGUAUUGGUUGGACUGCUCAUGGAUUUGGUAGCUGUUUAAAAAAAAAAAAAAGGUAGCUGUGAUACAAACCCCAGGAUACCCACCCACCCAAAGAGCCAAAGAAUAGUUCCUGUGACAUUCCGCCUUCUUCUAUUUAGUCCCUCUUGGAAAUCCGCCACCAAGCUUGGGGACUUCACCCCAACAAAAUUGUAAGCGUUGUUAGGUUUUUGUGUAAGACUCUUGGCUGUAGCGUGGAUAGCUGUGACGGGUGAGUCUGAACCAUUCGUGGCUACCAGUUACACUGAGAUUGUAACAGCAUUUUUACUUUCUGUACAACAAGGAAGCUUUGUAAAUAAAAUCUUAACAUUUUG